AUGGAUUCGUGCCAGAAGAAUCUGUUAGCAUUCAGCUGUUUGAAACGCUUCAUUUUAGUUCUUGUUAUGCUUGUUCUCCAGCGCAACUGCGAUUUAUUAGUUGCUGGUGGAGACACCCUCUUUAUUGGGGCUUCUCUGAGAGGAAAGCAGACCAUAAGUUCGAAGAGCAGAAAAGUUAUUUGGUCGAGUAAUGAUACUCAGCAAGCAAAGGCAUCCAGGGCUUUGAUUCUCGACACUGGUAAUUUUGUUCUCCUAGGAGCCCAAAACACUUCUGAGACUGUGUGGGAGAGUUUUGCACAUGCUACAGAUCAUUUUAUGCCUACCAUGAAGUUUUGGAAAGGCAUGAAAGUGAACUCUUGGAAGAGUUCGGUGGAUCCAGCGCCUGGGCCCUUCUUUUUCCAAAUGAAUCCAUCCCCAGGAGAGAAAGACUUUUUGCUGGAGUAUAAAAAUGGUGUUUCAUAUUACAGCUCGGGAAACUGGACUGGCAAAUAUUACUCCAACGUGCCGCAGGCAGUAUCUGAUACCUCAUUUGAGCAGGAAUUGGUAGAGUUUUCUCCCACAAGACUCUACUACACAUAUAAUUUUACGCCCAAAGUUCGUUCGACGGCCUUGGUGAGGUAUGUUCUCAACUUUAAGGGCGAGCUAAGGUUUUACUAUUUGAGUAACAAUACCUGGAGCCUGGUUUAUAAUUUUCCCCUGUCAAAUUGCGCCGUUUAUGGUCUAUGCGGAGCUUAUGGAGUGUGUUUCACCCAAGAAAAUAUUCAGUCAUGCAGCUGUAUGGAAGGCUUCUACCCAAGAAACGCUACUGCCUGGAGUUCUCAGGAAUGGUGGUCAAGCGGUUGUAUUCGGCGUACUCCAUUAGAUUGCUCCGCCAUCAAUGUCAGUGCAAGUGGCACCACAGAUGAUUUCCUCCAAGUCAGUAAUAUUUCCUUGUCUGAUAAAGAAGCUGUUCAAUAUACCCAAGAGUCGACUGUAGAAGGAUGCAAAACUGCUUGUCUCGACAAUUGCUCCUGCACCGCCUUUGCUUUCACUGAUUCAAAUUCUGUUGUUUGUAAGUUAUGGUUUGGCGAUCUGUUAGGCAUACAGGCUAAGGAUACUUCUUCAGAAGACCAGCCCUUGUUCAUACGAUUGGCUGCUUCAGAUGUGUCUCAGUUGUCAGCCCACGCAGGAAGAAGUAGCAGCAGAGUAGUUGUACUCUCCAUUUCAAUUCCUAUGGGAGUUGCCGUUUUGGGUACUCUGUUUAUGUAG